UGAGGUCUCGUCUCUUCAAGCAGACAUGUGUGGACGUGUGGGUGUACAUGCUGGGGACAGGGUUGGGGGGUUGAUGACCCUCCUUAAGACCAUGAAAAAGGAGGAGCAGAACAAGUUCAUAGGCUGGUUGAUGCCCGGCCCACUGCGUUUAAAACCCGGCCUUUCUUCACCAACAUUACAAUUGACUCGGAGCUUUUUACUCAUGUCAUCUUCUUUUUGACACGCCUUUUCAAAAGGAGAAUAAGGAGUUUUACUGGAAAUAAGGAAGCCUCUAAAACUACUUUAAGGACCGUUUUGAGUCUUUUCUCCAAAGCUUGGGUUAAAGACAAAGCCCGUCCCAUUACUCGUUUGUGACGCCUGAAACCCUGAACCCUCCACACUUCCUGACUCUUCUUCAUCUGCUGGAAGCACCAUCAUGCCCAGAUUGGCAGAGCGCCUGGAGUUAAAAAGAGUCGCCACCGAGCCCGACAAUGACAGCACUGCAAGCUUGGACGAGCCCUUUGAUUCCGAAAAGGGGACACUCAGCAGCCAGUUACCCAACGAGAAUGACGACGGAGAGAGUGACCGCUUCCUGUCCAACGGAAUGAUGAAGAAGAAGAAAUAUGAGGAGGAAUACCAGCAUCCUGGCCACGCCUCCUUCGGCAUGUCUGUCUUCAACCUGAGCAACGCCAUCAUGGGCAGCGGCAUCCUGGGCCUGUCGUACGCCAUGGCCAACACGGGCAUCGUUUUGUUUACAGUCCUCCUCAUCGCGGUGGCCAUCCUCUCCUUGUACUCAGUGCAUCUGCUGCUGGUGACAGCUAAAGAAGGAGGUUCACUCAUCUACGAGACGCUAGGAGAGAGAGCGUUUGGUUGGCCUGGCAAAAUGGCCGCCUUUGGAUCUAUAAUCAUGCAGAAUAUUGGCGCCAUGUCCAGCUACCUCUUCAUUGUGAAGUACGAGCUGCCGGAGGUGAUCCGGGCCUUCAUGGGCUUGGAGCAGAACUCCGGGGAGUGGUACCUGAACGGAAACUACCUGGUGGUGUUCGUGUCCAUCGGGGUCAUCCUGCCGCUGUCCAUGCUGAAAAACCUAGGUUACCUGGGCUACACCAGCGGGCUGUCCCUCACCUGCAUGGUCUUCUUCCUCGGAGCGGUGAUCUACAAGAAGACCCAGCUGCCCUGCCCUCUUCCCUUCCUCCACGACAAGGCAAACCACAGCAUCAACAUCUCCCACCUCCACAACUUCACCGACGACGACGACGAUGACAUGUGCACGCCCAAAUACUUUGUCUUCAACUCACAGACGGCAUACACUGUUCCCAUCUUGGCCUUUGCGUUUGUCUGCCACCCUGAGGUCUUGCCCAUCUACAGCGAGCUGAAAGAUCGCAGCCGCCGGAAAAUGCAGAACGUCUCCAACCUGUCCAUCUUGGCCAUGCUCAUCAUGUACAUGCUGUCGGCGCUGUUCGGCUACCUCACCUUCUACGGUAGAGUGGAAGCAGAGCUGCUCCACACCUUCACCAAGGUCUACAAAUUUGACACCUUGCUGCUGCUGGUGCGCCUCGCCGUUCUGACCGCCGUCACGCUGACCGUGCCCAUCGUGCUGUUUCCUAUCCGCUCCUCCAUCAACAUGCUGCUCUGCAGUGGGCGGGACUUCAGCUGGAUUCGCCACAUGCUCUUAGCCAUCGGCAUCCUGGCCUUCAACAACACGCUGGUCAUCUGCGUCCCCAACAUCAGGGACAUCUUCGGCUUCAUCGGGGCUUCUGCUGCCACCAUGCUCAUCUUCAUCCUUCCCGCCGCCUUCUACCUCCGCCUGGUGAAGUCAUUGCCGAUGCAUUCCACGCAGAAGAUCGGAGCCACCGUCUUCCUGGUCAUGGGGAUUUUCUUUAUGAUCGGCAGUUUGUCGCUCAUUAUUCUCGACUGGAUCCACAACCCGCCAGGCUCUGACAACCAUCACUAAACCUGGCCCCGCCCCCGCACACCUUU